GUUCUGUUUCUUGGUUUCACAAUGUGAACGUGGCUUGGGGAGAUUUCUUUGUUUAUGAUUUUCUAUGCGAGCCAAAAAAACGGCACCAGCCCCUUGGUAGUUAAUAUCUUUUUCAAAACAAAAAACAACGGUCAAGUUCGGAUUUCACCAAACCUUUUUUUUGUUUGAUACCGCUCAAUUUUCAUAAUAUCUCAUAGAAGAGAGCAUGGAUCCACCAGCUGGGCCAUCAGGAUUGCCUGGUGGUUCAAAGAGGUCACGUGGUAGGGGACGUCCCUGGCGUGGUCGAGGUUCCUGGCGGCCAUACAAUAAUCGAGCAGCUGGCAAUUGUGGUCCACCGCGCGAGAAACCAGUCGGUUACGGUAUUCCCCCGACUAGUGAUUGCGCUGUGGAUUCUUCCUCCAUGCCACUGCCAGGUGUGUCACAAAACCAACCGUUCCUAUCGGUUAUGCUUGAGAGGGAACCAUGCGAGUAUCCAGGUUGGAAACUUUAUUUACCCCAGGAAGGUUAUCGCGAAGGUUCCAAGACACUGAAUCAAAUACAUUCUAUCGAGACGCAUUAUUCUAGAUACUCUGAUCAUUAUAACACAAGUUUGAUAAAAACAAACUUCUGGUUCGAACUGAACAUUGCUGUGGUAGAAGCGGAUGCGGAUUUUAGGCGAGACUGGCCAUCAUUCCGACAGGAUCUUAUAGAUAGCCCUGAACAAACAUUAGCGAUGGCUGGACUAGCAAUGCAUCAGACAGUUACAAAAUCCCACCAAGGAACAGACAAACCGAGCCAGCUACCGGAAUCGUCUCCGUCAUCUUCAACCAACAAACUAAUGUUGCAAAUUAUACGACCACGCAUUGUUGGUCACGGUCCGGAAGUACAUUUGCGUCAAAUGAAGGUAAAUAGUUUUGGUAAGCUUAUCUCCGUUCGUGGCACCGUCAUCAGAGCGGCAUCUUCGCAAAUUUUGAACUCAUGGAUGACAUUUAGUUGUUCGCUAUGUCAUGGUCAGCAAGCAAUCCAACAGACAGAUGGUUUACUAGUUGUUCCAAACAGUUGUCGGGACGGCUGUAAAGCACGGAGUAAUUUUGUGCCACUGAGAUCUUCAAUUUACACCCGAACGGAAGCAUUCCAGACAAUACGAUUGCAAGAAUCGAUGCUUGGUGCCCGCGCGGAACAUGGACAAGUCCCGAGAAGCAUAGAAGUGGUGUUGACACAGGAAUUGGUGGAUGCGGUCUGCCCGGGAGACGACGUAACUAUUACUGGAAUUUUGAAAGGGCGAAGACAGGAAGAGAACAGUUUCAAAGCAAGAAACACUGCAAGUAUGUAUAAAAUGUACAUUCAAGCCGUUGCAGUCCGGAGCAACAAGAAUACACUGAAGAAUUGGCACAGAUCAUCUGAUUUUUCCGAUUUGGAUAUGGAAGCUAUUCAAGCAAUAAAGUCGGAACCGAGUCCUUUUCGUUUGCUGAUUCAAUCUCUCUGUCCGUUGAUCUAUGGCCACGAAAUGGUUAAGGCUGGACUCUUAUUGGGGAUCGUUGGAGGCUCCGCAAUUGCGGGAGGACGAAGAUCGGAGAUUCAUGUCUUAGUUGUUGGCGAUCCGGGAAUCGGCAAGAGUCAAAUUCUUCAAUCAUGUGCAGAGGUUUCCCCGCGAGGAAUUUUCGUGUGUGGCAAUAGCACAUCGAACGCUGGUCUUACGGUAGCGGUACGAACGGAGAAAGGCUCAGGUGGUUCCCUAGAAGCGGGAGCAUUAGUUUUAGCGGAUCAAGGUGUGUGCUGCAUCGAUGAAUUUGAUAAAAUGGCUGGGAAUCACCAAGUUCUGCUUGAAGCAAUGGAACAACAGGUGGUCAGUGUGGCGAAAGCUGGAGUAAUUUGCUCUCUACCGGCACGAACUUGUAUUUUGGCCGCUGCUAAUCCCGCCGGAGGACACUACGAUAAAUCGAAAACGAUUUCGGAAAAUCUUAAAAUGAAACCUGCGUUGUUAUCCCGUUUUGAUUUGGUGUUCAUUCAAUUGGAUCGACCGAAUGAACAGUUAGACAAUCUACUGACAGCCCACGUGCAACGUAUUCACGGAAUGAAAUCCGGACAAUUUUCGCAAGGGGCAGCCUUCCAGGCGUUACUUACGGAUGUGGGAAGCGCGCCUUCUCAAGGAUCAGCAAUGGAAGCUCCACUCAGCGAGCGUUUGAAGUUGAGAGGUGGUGAAAAAAUGGACCUACUUCCUGUACAACUGAUUCAGAAGUAUAUAGCAUACGCGCGCAAGAAUAUCAACCCAAAGCUAACGAAGGAAGCGGCAUUAUUAAUACGUGAUUUCUACAUAGAGUUACGCCGUGCCCAACAGGGCAUGGAUUCAAUUCCAGUGACAACACGUCAACUGGAGGGUCUGAUCCGGCUAACUCAGGCUCGUGCCCGCGUAGACUUGGAAACGAAGGCAACUCUCAAACACGCUCAGGACGUGAUCGAGAUACUACGUUUCAGUAUGAUUGAUGCCUUCAGUAACGACGUUGGAGAUUUGCAGCCGUCCCGCUUGAUGAACGGUAUCGGCACCAGUCAGUCAACGUUGGUGAAGAAAUUCGUUCAAAUGCUGCAAAGGAAAGCUACAGUGGAAAACAAAACAAUUUUCUCUAUCGGUGAGCUGAAGCAAAUGGCCGGCGGUUCGGGAAUGGAUUUCAACAGGCUUUUGGAUGCGCUUAACGUUCAAGGGUUUUUGUUGAAGAAAGGUAGGGAACUGUACAAAUUUAUGACGGGUUGAACUUUUAUUUGACACAUCUAUUAUUUCUUGAAAAUAUACGGAGUGUUGUUACCGAAUUGAACAAUUGUGCAAUUACUUCCAGUGUGUUUUAUAUAGUCACUAGCUGACCCGGCAAACUUCGUCUCGCCCACAAUUUAUUUUUUGUUAUCAAUACCUUCAAACAUUCACGUUUUCUUGUUAAGCUAAGUUCAUGAUUCCAAAUUUUCAAAUUUUCAAUUGUCAUGUUUGGUGUAGAGAAAUGUAUAUAAUAGCAGGCCAUGCAAUAUCUUAGAAACAGAUAAAUAAACGAAAAAAAAGUAUUCUUUCUCGGACUCUAACGGAGAACGGUUGUUCUCCGUUGAAGAUUACAAUAUCUGGAUGUAAAACAUUACUGGUUUCUACAAUCUGGCGACGAGGUGAAAGCAGAAGGUAAUUAGUCAAUGUUUUUUGCAUCCAAUUAUUAAGUGAAUUCAGAUUGUCUGUGUGAUUUAUCAACGGUUGAAAUUGAAUGGAGUUUCUAAAUUGAGUAGCGGUAUGGAGAUUCUACCUUUCGGUAGCGGUCGGACUUCGUGUCCAAUGAAUGGAGUUCUUUUACCAGUCUGGUAGCGAUGGAGUUUUGGACUCAAAUAAUGGAGUUUCUACCUAUAUGGUAGCAAUGGGAUCUCGGAUCCUGUAAAAGGAGAUUCUACCUUGAUGGAAGCGAUGGUAUUCUGAAUUUAUAAUGUUUCUACCUGCUGGUAGUGAAAUUUAAAUUUUUAUAAUUGAUUUAAAACUAGAAAAAAAAGUUGUUAGGUUAGGUAUUUACCAUGGCAUUCAUCAACUUUUUCUUUUGUGAAUAACUCAGCGCACACAAACAUUCCAAUUUGAUUUUGCUAUAGAAACCGAUAAUUGAGGUUCUGAUCUACCGUCCACUUUGUCAAAUAAGCUGGGAAUGUGUUUGAAUUAAGUUAUGAUCAAAAGAGAAAGUCGAUAAAGAGAAAUCGAUCAAGGGACCUACACCCCUUGCAUUCUAAGCCCAUCAUAUAUUUUGGGAAAAAAGGGUCAAACUCUUUCACAAAUCGAGGCUUUAGGAGUUAUGAAAGAAAGUGACAAAGAACAAGUUAAGAAUCUGUCUAGAUCUCAACUAAAUGAUAAGAGAGAGUAUUAUGUUGAAAAGCAGAACAAUGGAGGAUUGCAGGCUCCAAAAUUCGAUGAGGCAGUUCACCGGACUGUGAAAAGUUCGAUGAUCCGCAGCAACCAAAAUCCACAUGAUCGUGUAGCGUGUUUCAUUUGCGGAAGACACGGUCAUUUUUCGAAUUAUCCGCAUUGUCCGGCUCAGGAUCUAUAAAAUGCAAGGUCAUUUUGAGACGGUGUGUCGUAAAGGAAAGAAACGUAUUCCACUUGUUCAGAAAUAUUAAGCCAUUGAAGAAAGUACGGCUUGUUGAAUCCGCUGAAACGAAAUCUGAUACGGAGGUUGAAAAUGUUGAAUCUGAUGAGACGUAUUAUGCUUUUUUACUCCGGAAACAAGUCUAAUUUGAUUUCAUGCUGCAUUGGUGGCGUGAACCUGGACAUGUUAGUGGAUUCCGGAGCCAAUCGAAAUUUGAUUACACCGGAGGCUUGGAACCUGUUGAAGGCUGUCUGUAUUCGCCAACGAAAGGUUGUGAUCGGAAAUUGAAAGCUUGUGGAAGCGAAAAUUUGUUGUCACACGGAGAAAUGGAGUAGACUGUAUUUUGAAGUCUAUGAAAAAAAGAGAGGAGAAUAUAAGCGUAAUAUUGCACAUUUGAAGAAAAUUGGAGGCGGAGAUAAGGACGAUGAAUUGAAUGAAGUAGAGAACGAAGAAAUAGAUAAUAAUCCAAAUAAAAGAAUGUGUAGAGAGCCUCAUUACUUCAAGGAUUAUGAGCUACAUUUUAUUAUUUUCAAUAAAAACAAGGAGGGAUUGUAGAGAAAUGUAUGUAAUAGCAGGCCAUGCAAUAUCUUAGGAACAGAUAAAUAAACGAAAAAAGGUAUUCUUUUUCGGACUCUAACGGAGAACGGUUGUUCUCCGUUGAAGAUUACAAUAUUUGGAUGUAAAACAUUACUGGUUCCUACAUUUGGUUGAAAUAUGUGCAAUAUUUUUAUAAGAUCCCCUCUCCAUUCCAGAGGAGGAAGGUAUGUCAUACCUUCAUAGAAACAUCUUUUGUUUCCACAAAGCCUCACAUCCAAAAUUUGGCUCCUUUUGCUUGAUUGGUUCUCGAGUUAUGCAGAAGUUUGUGUUUCAUUCGUAUGGCAGCACUGUAUUGCACUAAAAAAUUAAAAAAAAACAUUAAAACAUUUUUUUUCCAAAAAAUUAAUUAAGUUGCAGGUAUUUUCCUGUGGCUGUAUGGUCACUAUAAACACCAUUCACAAUUUCGCAAUUAUUAAAGAAAAAGUGUAAAAUGUACCGAACUUUCUCUUUGUUGACCUUCAUUGUUAACACCCUGUAACUCACAACUAAAUGGAACAAACAACAAACAGCGAAGGAUUUUUUUAGUGUGAAAUGUCACCUUUACAACGAGCCUUAAAUUGAAAUUGUAUGAUCGAUGUUACGCAAGAUAUUGAUCACUAAAGCCAGCUAUCGAGAAAAUAAAGGAUAACUUUUUCCCCAAACUAAUAUAUAGAAAGAAAGAUUCAACAGAAAGCUUAGAGAAAAACUAGAUAUGGGUUAGUAAUCAUUUGUUUGAAGUUGCAUCUGAAUCAAUUCUCCUGAACAGUGUUGCCACACGUACAGAUUUAUCUGGAAAGGUAUAGAUUUUUUCGUUAUUUUCGGUACAGAUUCUGUACAGUACAGGGUACAUAUUUUCGUCAAAAAGUACAGAUUGGUACAGAUUCCACGUGUGAAAUUUCUCACAUUUGAACAAAGCAACAUUAAGAUACAUGACGACUUUUAAGUCGCAAUAUCGCUUGGUGCUGCUGAUUAUAAAAGCAUUUACAAUGCAAUGAUUGAUCAUUUUCAUAAGGACGGAAUUCCUUACAAGGAUCGGCUGUAUGCAUUCGCGUCGGACGGUGCGACGUAUGUUUAGCCCCAGAUCAACAGAUUGUAUCGUUUGUUCCUGGCUGAAAAACCUGAAUUCACGAUGCUGCACGAAGAGCUGAAAGAUUUUUAUUUGAUCAUUUUCUCUAAUAUCUGCGAGGAAUCUUCCAUUGUUUCAAUGUCCAAUGUAUUAAAUUUGAAGAUCAAAAUUUUUAGGUUCGAAUAGAUAAAAAUAGCAUUUUUUCUUUCGUUGCCACGUUGUCCGAAACAUUGUUUGCACGGGGUUGUAAUAACUUUAUAGCCAGGUGAUGUGUAUUAAGUAUCCUUUGAACAUGAGUGCUCUGGAAGCACCAUGAGGAAGUUCGCGUAGCUGCUGUAGUGAGCUGAUCUCAGUGGGUGCUAAGUUCUGCUUAUGUAUAGGAAAGAGAAAGCAGAAUGGGCAAGUACAUUCGAGGAAGUUAAGCGGGCUUCUAAGGAAGACAUAUAUGGGGAACAUAAUAUUAAGAUCGCGACUACUCAAGCUAUCAUAAUCCGAUAUGCGUGAGUAUACCCCUCUGAACUUUCAAAUCAGCUACCAGUUAAAUUUUAACAUGACCAAACAACAUGCUCGAAAUUAUGACAUCCUGAACCACAGUUACAUAAAUUGUUAGUAGCAAGACUUACACGAUGAAGACGUGAAUUGAGCUCGAAUUGAUUGAACUUUGGAAAUAAUAGAGUAAAACCAUCUUCCAAGAUUAUCCAUUGAUUUUGCCAACGUAUAAAUGCCUGUUUGUCCGAAAAAUGGAGAAUAACUUAUGAUACGCCUCGACUCACAUUGUGAACUAACGCCGAAUUGUAGGCAAAAAGAUUGCUCGUUGCGUCGGGAAGGAAAGCGAGUGGUUUGUGCAAUCGAAAAAAAACAUACCCAUUUUAAUCGUCAAAUUGUUUAACUUUUUUACUAUAUUUUCAGUUCGUGUUUCAAGCAAAAAAUGUAAUGAUGAGUAAGUUUCCUGUCUAAUGGUAUAUAACACUACAUAUGUCGCAAUAAGUAUUUCGAGUAAUAUGCAUUUGAAAUCUCUUAACACUCCUAUACUCGCGCGAAAAAUCGUUAUUUGUGUACUCUGGACUGUGCGCGUCUCUGUGUUAUUGGUAUUUAUCCAAAGAAAAGGAUAUAAUUGAGCGAAAAAACUCCAGAAAAUAUUUUUUCUUUCACUUAAUUCAGUCAUUUAAUUCAGUCACCUCAUUGAUGCUCGGUCUGUCAGACCUAUACGCGAGUAUAGGAAGGAUAAUGAAUCGUUACAUUAUCCGUGACCUCGCUAUAUAGAAAUCAAAGACAAAGUCCCAUGUGAAAAAAAGUUUUAUUGGAAAGGAAUCCACAAUUUGCCUGAAGCGAAAUUCGUUGCAACAAACGGGAAUUAUUUAGAAUAAAAAUAUUUUGACUAAGUUUAAAAAGUUUUACCCAUUAUGUUGGCAUUCUCGAUUUUUUUAAAUACCCUCAACGCAGUUUAUUUUAAAACAUGUCUUUUAUUUACAACAAUAUCAAAAAGUCAAUCGUAAAAGAUUCGUUCAUACAUCAAUAUUUUCAACAAUUUUGUUUGCGAUAAAUAUUUACAGUUUCUACUAUGACUAAUAUCGGUCCUAAACCUAUAGAACAGUUGGGAUUCGCUUUCAACACUUCCACUACCUAAGUAAAGCAUCAAUCUAUUUAUAUGUAUUUAAGGAAUGGACACUGGGAAUUCAUCUUGUUAUUCCAUUUGUUCGCUAAGAGCGUGUAGCGGCGUUUUCCCGAACUUCAAUAUCAAUAGAUCCAUCCUAAUAUGAAAUGGUUAUUUUUUUGGAGUGGGCAGACUAUGAACUUAUUCGGGACGGAGUUCCGUUUUAUCGUGGGCCUGUGCUUUAAACCUAGCUUAUGUACAGUUUGAAACAGUUCUAGAGUAAAAUAAAUAUACAGAAAGUGCCUUUCGAUGGCAGUAUGCGUAUUAGAGGGGCUUUUCGUUUGGAGUUCAGAGUGAGCAGUUACGGGUUAACUCCUUCGUUAGAGAUCUGUGAAUGUUGAAAAAAACAUUAAUAAUUUAUUUUUCCUAUUAAUGAAAUGAUUCCGGUACUUACUCAUUGUUUCUUGCUGAAUUUCUACUUUAUAGCUAGGGUUAUCAUAGGAAACUUCGUUUUUUCGUGGAGGAGUGAUGGUGGCACUUUGUACUCGUCUUCGGGUAAGAAUGAGUAGCAGUAUUAGAGUGGACAUAACGGCUAGGGCAGCAAUCACGGCUACCACGACGAGUGGGCCAUAGUAAUCUCCUGUUGCUGAAUCGGCACCGGCUACUGACAGUUUGCCUGAAAUCAAUCAUUCUUUUAUUCCAUCCGUUCUCUCUAUCCGCAAUGUGAAUACAAACCUGUCUGUCCAGGAAUCGCAGGACCGCCUGGUUUUGUAAUGAAGUUCACAACGUUACUCUUUUUGAUACUUCCGUUGGUAAGAUACAUCUCCAACCACAGUCUGUAUCGUGUUCCAGGUUUAAGGACUGAUAUCAGCGUCCCGGUUGUGGAAUCUCGCUUAGCCACUUUGAACACGCUAGUCACGAGAACAGAAACUCGUUAUAGAAUCAUGAUAUUCAUUACAAAUGCAGCUUACCUUGAGUCUUCUUUCCCACUGUCGCUUUGAUAGAUGGCCCGAUAAAUAUUAACGUAUUUAUCUUCCGGAUAUGGCACACCUGACCAGCUAACUUCAACACUGCUCGCUUUCACUUUGCUUACGUUUACAACCACCUCGAAACCAAACAUGUCUAGACGCUGCGCAGUGGUAAAAUGUAACAUCUCUCCUGUCCGAACUUCUUCUCCGUGGCCAGGGAAUGGAAUGAAGAAUAUUCCAACUUCGUACCGUGUUUGGGGCUUCAAGUUCUUGAGCGUAUAUUCACUCAGCGAUCGAUGAAUCAAGGGAGUCGCGUCGUAUACCAUUCCAUCGAUCUCUUUGUAGCGAAGCUGGAUUCCAUCGACAUAGUCCAAUUCUUCGUCGUCCAGCUUACGCCAUGUUAUUUUGGCCCAGGUCACAUUAACUUCAUUUGCCUGCAGAACCGGGUCCUGAAUGAUCUCCUUAAGAAAGUUUGUUGGUGGGCUUAUGUGUGGGUAGUGCAGAUCGGUAUUGAUGAGGGUCGGCGGAGUGAUUAUGCUGUCGGAAGGCGUUCGCACGCUGUAGAUUUGACUAGACGGUUGCGAGUUGACGUCGCGUAAGACUAGGGUGAUUUUUACCCGAUACUCGGUAUUCGGAUCGAGCCCAGGCAGCUCGAACUCGAGCUGGGAGGUGGCGAUCAGAUCAUCGGGAGGUGCAAAAACUUGAGUUUGCCAUGUGGAGGUGUCGUUAUUUCGUGUGCGUGUGUAUCGAAGCUCGACGCGGCCGUGUAAUCCAACAUACACUUGUGGCACAAUGAAUAUGACACGGACAGUGUUCGGGUCGAUCGCGUCCAGUGCGAGCACCUUGAGGUCUGUUUGGAGUGAUGGGUAACCAAAACCAGGUCCUAUGGACAAAUAUUGCGAGAUAGUUAUUCGUGUUCACUUUUCAUUGAUAUGAUGUUUGUAUUUGUGUGCUAUAUUGGAAAUUGCUUGGAGAAUGUGUAUAGUUAAGUUUAAAAAAGAAAUAGACAAGAACAUGUAGCCAUUAAUCGUGCAGAAUUUACGAUUCAAACAAAUGCAAAUGAGACUUAAAAUUAUUUCGUCAAUUAUUCAAGUUGUACAGAAAGUACUAAAAAUGUUCCCAUAAUGGUGCCAUAUUGGGCCUGAUCACUUCACGGUGAAAACGAAGUGAAUUGUAUACAACGUUAUUACGGCUGCCACCGUGUGUGUGUAGAAUCCGGAAGAGUUCAUCCGUCGUGACAACUCGGUGUUAUUAUGAAUACCACGAUACUGUCAUGUCACGGAGAAAAACAGGUAUAUUUGUCACUUGUGUUUUAGAUGGUGAAAGCUAGUCACGCGAAAUGGAGUAAGUUUAAUUUCGGAUUUAUUUAGCUUUUUUUGCUAACAUUUUGAAUCUUGUCUUGAUUUUUGAGAAAGAAAAGAUAAACAAAUAGUAAUUUACCGCUUGGUGGCAUUUUUAGAACGAAAUCCUGACGUAUCCAGAGGACAUAAAUUUGUUUAUUUGGAUUCGAUAAAUGCGCCAAGGGAUGUAAUUGAGGACUAAAAAUGUAGCUCCCGUAGACCGAUUGAUACAUGGCGAAAGGUAAUGUUUUUCCAACAUUGCAGAGCUGGUUUUUGUAAUUCAAACAUCCGUAAUUGGUGGACAAGACCCGAAUCAGGACGAUAGUUACAUCGAAUAAGGCCAUUGAUCUUUUGUUUUUACGUGAUAGAUAUUUUCAACGAUAUUGUUUCGAAGACAUACUUAGAAUGAAAGAAUUUUUAAGUUUCAAAUAAGGAAAAAGUGAAUAUCAUUGCAAAGCUUUUAAAUUAAUAAUUUUUAUAUCAUUCUCUAAUUCUUUUUCCAUAACUUCUUCUAAAGAAAAUCUGAAUCAUUUUCUGCUUUUGGUAAAUUCCUUUAAACGCAUCAGAUUUUUCAAAUGAAAAUUGUGCUUCUGACCGACGCUGCUGACCAGUUUCUGUUUAAAUAAUUAUAUCAAACCUCAUGUCCCGUAUAUCAAAUUACACGAGAAUGGGAAGGACAAGAGUAUUAAACUUCAGAACCCCAUAUGGGAGUAGCUCAGAUUAUACUGAUCAUGAGAUAGAUAAAUUCGGGUUUAUUCUGAGAUAUAGAAGAUAUUAUUGUUCAUCAAAAUUGUAGAAACGGUUCUUGAAAAUGAUUAUAACGUUGACCUAUACUAAAUACUUCUCACUAUUCAAACGAGUAAGCCAGGGCUGAGUACAAGAGUAUGCGAGAUAUCGAUUAUUAAACUCAUGAUAGUCAUGCUUUAUCUCUAGAGUAAUUUAUAGAAAGAGGAAAUAAAAUAACAUUCCCAUAUGUUCAACAACUACAUUAUUCAAGAGCAAUCACGUAUUCCUCCUCAUAUUUAAUCCAGCGUUUGAUUCAGCAAACUAACGCACCAAGCAUAUGAUUCUUGGAAUGAGUCUGAAUAGUUGGCAUUGAAAUACCGAAUCAUCGAGGUAUAAUCGCAAACUUGCCAUUCUAAAAUAUACGUUCAAUUAAAAAGAAUAUUAUCUCAUACACUUAUUAAUUUUACCUACAUAACGUUCAAACGUCCGAAAUUAUGCAACUGACAUGUCUCUUAUAAACGGGAAUGAACUCUUUCACUUCACGGAGUUCGUUUUUACACGCAACUGUCCGUGACAAUGAUGAUAGAAAUAAAAAGAUUAAGUGAAGUGUUAGUGACGUGAAAGCGUUUAUGACAGUGAUGUUCGUGAUCAGGCCCAUUAUGUCGGAAGCAUCGAGUUUCAUUCCCAUUCUGACCGGGAGAGUGUUCGUUCCAGGCGUUAGUUAUUCAGCAUCGGGAUCUCAACUAUGUGGUUCCCAUGGCCUAGUGACUAGCGUCGCGCUUACCAAGAUGGGAACUUCAAAUUCGAUUCCUGUUCUGGUUAUGAAAUAUAUCGUCGAAGAUCAAAGUUUUUCUUGCUUGCACUGGUUCGAAAGAACUGUCUAGGGUGUGGUGGAAGAAGCAAUGAUGGGCAUUGUCAGUCUCAACGAAACUCCGGUAUACGCUAGAGGCCGAUAUAAGAUUAUUUGCCCAGUCCUGGUGCUACUCGGGACGUAAAACAGCCGGGUCCUCUUGCGGGAUAGUGGAGCUUGACCGAAGGGUUUGCAAACCUGAAUAAUCGGCGUAAACCUAGACGAUGAAAACGGACUAGUGAUUGAAACGUGGAAUUGUCGAUCUUUCAAUUCGAUCGGCAGUACUCGUGUGCUUUGCGAGCAGUUAAGGAACAACAAAUUCGAAAUCGUAGCACUGCAGGAAAGGCCCGGGAAGAAUCUACAGUAUGUACGUUUUGCGAUGAUCAUACUCUCCUUUAUACCGCGCUUCCACAAUGAAGCGAGCAACUUUGCCAUCUCACGUCACUCGCCGCGUGGAAUAAGGGGGACUAUCUACCAGAGCUGCGGCAACACAUAUGAGCUGGACACAGCUUUGUUUGUGAUGGAUAAUAUCUUCCAUUAGUCACGAAAGUUGUACAGGAAACUCAACACAUCUCUAAAAAGUUUUAUGCCACGAGCAGAUAUGUGUUUGAAUAAUGAUGGGAGUUUCUUGACGAACGAACGUUAGGUGAACGGAAGGUGGAGGCAACACUUCGAUGAAUAACUGAACCGAUGAAUGCCGUACAGGCAGAGGUCCAAGAUAACGAUAGAAGCGAUUAUGUUGGUGCAGUAAUUGAUGAAGAUGUGCCUCUCCCCAAUGAUAGGUGAAGUUAAGAAUGCCAUCAAACAGCUGAAGAACAACAAAUCGUUCGGAAUGGAUGAUAUCGGAGUGGAACUCGUCACGAUUAGGUCGUAUGAAUAAAAAAAAGUAUUUACUUAUUCUACCCGUUUCCAAGUAAAGCAAACUUUUCUAGUAUUUACUUGAAUCCGUAUGAAUAAAAGUUUACUUUACCAAUUUCAUUUAAACGCAUGUUCGAAUUCGAACAUAGUUUUUACUUUGUCAAACAUCUGUCACCUGAUUGUUUAGGUUUCGUUUCAAAACGUUUUUUUUUGGACAAAGCGUGUAUUCGCGAUGAAAAAGGAAUAGUGUCGACGUCCGAUGGAGACUUUCAAUUAGGGACCAUAGUUUGGGUCCCUAUCUCGUUAGUGUAAUACCUAUCAGAUUAUAAAACACGAAGCCAGUUUUCAAAUGUUAAAAUUCGAAUGAAAAUGUUCACAUCAUAUUAUUUAAUCACUUAAAACACUUAUUUCCGACUUUUAUUUAACCCAUUAUUUUGUCCAAACAUUUGAAAGCACAGCCUUCAUUUGACGACCAACGAUAACGUCCUGCAGCAGAUUACGCAAGAGAGCUGGAUCAACGGAUCGUAAAACAGGGAGAACAAGUAGGAGAUAUGAAUGGGCUGUGGAAAAAAUAUCCAUGGUGCCAUCGAAACGACUGCGAGAGAGGAAGACAGUGUAACAGCUGGUUCGAUGCCGAGUGCCAAAGAGUGACAGACAAGGGCCAUCGAUUUCAUUGUAGCAACUAUCGAGGCAUUAUGUUGAUCAAUUCUACAUACAAAGUGCACUCCCGUAACCUGUUCUUCAGAUUGAGCACGGAACCCUUUGUUGGUGAAUAUCAUGCUGGUUUUCGAAAGGAAAGCUCCACGAAGGAUCAAUUGUUUACCCCGCGACAGAUCCCAGAUAAGAUCGUGGACCUUUACCUACAGCUUCACGCUCGUCUUUGUUUUGAUGCGUUGUAAAAGUUUUUACCCAUCUGUUUUUAUGCUUUGGAUCCGUAUCAAAUUCAUUCCUAAUA